ACCAACAACAACAAUUUCUUUAUUUUCUUUCGUCACAACAAAAAAAACACUCCUUUUAUAUUUUUUCAUAUCCAAAUUUUCUUUGUUCUUCAUUGAUCUGAGAAACUUCAAGAAUGGAGUGCAGGCCUUUGGAUAUCACGUUGAAUUCGGCCAAGGACUUGAAGGACUUGAAUCUUUUCUCCAAGAUGGACCUGUACGCCGUCGUUUCGAUCCACGGCGACUACUUCAACAACAAUACCAGUCAGCAGAAAACGCACAUCGACAAGGACUGCGGCCCGAACCCCAAGUGGAAUUUCCCAAUGAAAUUCACAAUAGACAUCAACGCGGCGGAGCAAAACCGCCUCGCCCUCGUGGUGAAGAUCAAGGCGGAGAAGAAACUCGCCGGCGACAAAGAAGUCGGCGAAGUCCACGUGCCCAUCAAAGAGCUCCUCGAGAGCUACGGCGAGGAAUCGAAAGACGAGAGGCGCGCGAGCUACAGCGUCAGAACCCCAUCUGGAAAAGCCAAAGGGGUGUUGGAUUUCACGUACAAGUUUGGCGAGAAGUUCACCGCGACUCAACAGAAGGCAAAGAACGCGGACACGGACACGCCUGUGACAGCGUAUCCGGUAGGUUACGGGGCGGCUGGGCCUAGCGGUGGCCCUGCUCCCGCGUACCCUCCGCCGGGAAUGCUGGCUGCUGGCACGGUGGCGGCUGCUUAUCCGUACGCGCACCAGCCGCCGCCGCACGGUGGGUACCCACCACAAGGCGGGUAUCCCCCACCGCCUAUGUAUGGUGGGUACCCACCUCAACCGGCUUAUAACGGUGGUUACCCGCAGUAUCCUCAUCAACCGGCACCGUAUCCGCAAGCCGGGUACGGCGGGUAUGGCGCCAAGCCGCCUAAGAAGAGUGGCGGCAGCGGUGGGAAGAUGGCGUUGGGACUAGGAGCUGGAUUGCUUGGUGGGUUGCUGGUCGGAGAUAUGAUCUCUGAUGUGUCUGAGAUGGGCGCUUAUGAUUCUGGAUAUGAUGCUGGGUUUGAUGAUGCUGGUGGUGAUUUCUAAAUUCUUAGGGUGGUUUCUUGGGGUUUGAUUUUGAUUCUUGAUUUUUGAUGUUUUUUGGGUUCAGUUUCGUUUAGGUAGAUAUGCUGGCUGUGAAAUGUAAAUGGCAGUAUGAGGAUUUGAUAUCGUACUAAAUAAAUUGCCGGAUUUAAAUCUGUAUUUUGUUUUUUAGAUGAUUUGGUUAUUGUACAUAGAUUUUUUUUU